UGCCCCCAGUCCCGUAGGUAUAAGGCUCCCUCGCCACGUGGAAGAGAGAGGCCAUCAUGUCUUCUUGGAGGUCAGAGCAAAAGCUCAGCCCCGGAGGCCUGAGCUCCCAGCUUUCCAGAACGCUGUUCCUGCUGCUGCUAUCUAUGGCCUCAGCCCAGGAGGUCACCCCCAAACCCACCUCGUGCUUGGUGUCCCAUUCCGUUAACGGCAGCUCCAUCUCCUGCCACCCCCCAGCCCGAAUCCCCCGCCGCUUCCCAGCUGACACCGCUUACCUGGCGGUGGAGUUCUUCAACCUCACGCAGCUGCCGGACGACACCCUCCAGGGCCUCGCUCGCCUCCAGGAGCUGCACCUCUCCAGCAACCAGCUGGGCAGCCUCCCGCCCGAGUUCCUGGUGCCUGUGCCUCGGCUGGAGGUGCUGGACUUGACCCGCAACGCCCUGACCCGCCUGCCCCCUGGCCUCUUCGCGGCCUUGGCUGCUCUCCACACCCUGGUGCUGAAGGAGAACCGGCUGGAGGGCCUGGAGCCCUCGUGGCUGCAGGGUCUGAAAGCCCUAGAGCAUCUGGACCUGUCUGACAACCGCCUCCAGACCCUGCCCCCGGGGCUGCUGGCCAACGUCACCUCCCUGCGCGUUCUCGACCUCAGCAAUAACCAGCUGAAGGCUUUGCCCCCAGACCUUCUGAAAGGCCCCCUGCGGUUGGAAAGGCUGCAUCUGGAAGGCAACAGACUGCAGGUGCUCGGAGAGGGGCUCCUGGCCCCCCAGCCGGACCUUCGCUACCUUUUCCUGAAUGACAACAAGCUGGCCACCGUGGAGGCCGGCGCCUUCCAGGGGCUGCGGCAGCUGGACAUGCUGGACCUCUCCAACAACUUGCUGACCGGUGUGCCCAAGGGGCUCUGGGCGGCCCUGGGGCGGCCCGCCUGGGACAUGGAGGACGGCUUCGACAUCUCUGGAAACCCCUGGGUCUGUGACGGGGACCUGGAAGACCUCUGUGGGUGGCUUGAGGCCAACAAAGACAAGAUGUUCUCUCAGAACGCGACGCGCUGCGCUGGGCCCGAAGCCUUUAAGGGCCAGAUGCUCCUGGCAGCGGCCGAGGCCCACUGAGCCUGGCCUGGGAGCCCACGGCCUACGACCUAGCAGAGAACUCCCCUUCAGCUCUCCAGAGCUGCCAGGUGGGCCCGCUGGCCCGAGCCGCCCCAAACAUACCUCGGGCUCUCUGGCCUCCUCGGACCCUCUUCCAAGAAAGCCUUUCCCUGUUUUCCAGAUCCCUGGGUCUCCAGGAGCCCUCAGCCUGCUCGGCCUCCCUCUGGCCCAGCCCUGGCCACACUGGGGUUGUCUGUGUCUGGCUCUGUCUCCCCUGCUGUGAGGGGCUCUCCGAACGCAGGGCCUGGGGCCUGGUUGCCUUGUGGCCAGCAUCACCCAGCUUGGGGUCAGAACUGGGGGGUUAAUAAAUAACUGUGAAAGGAAUUGGGCGAACUAGAAUUCACUGUGCUCCAAAUAUCCCCCAAGUUGAUUUCCUGGGUCUUAUGGAGGAAGGAGAAGGGCCUGGGGGCGCAGGACCUGAGCUUCCAAAGGGAUUGCAGUUGGGAUCUGAUGGCCUGUGGCUUCUCCCCCCCCAGGAUUUAACUGCAAAUAAAACCCUGACCGCUGCCCAGAGUGUCAUUUUACCGGCGGAUUCCUGCCACAGCUUGUGUCCUGGGGAAGGUUUAAAUUAAACCAGAUUGCUUCAGGGCUCCAAACAGUUCAUCAUGCUGGCCGCUGACAACCCAGGGGGAGAGCCACCCAGGGCAGGCUGGGUGGAGCUGAAGGCUGUGUGCUCCCAACUGGAGGGAACCUUGAGCCACCUCCUGACACAGUGCUGGAGCCCCCGAGUCAGAUUUGGGGGACCCCUGAGUGUUUGGGGCAUGCCCAGUCCCUGGAAGGAUGGUCGUUGGCAAUCAUUCCAGGCAUGAUUAGGAAAACCAGGGAGGGGCCUGGAGUCUGCCGGAGAGGGGUUUGAAUCGGAUCCCUCAGUUCGCUCAUCUGUAUAAUGAGGACCCAAGGGAAUGGGCCGGCCUGAAUCUUGGCUGAGUUCAAUGACAGAUUUUUCUAAAUAAAAACACCCUGAAGACUU